AUGGCCCAAUUAAUAAACAAUCCCGGCACUCACAACCCAAACUUGAAUAUGGACGAAAUUCUGCCUAACCUAUGGAUCGGAGAUAUACUUUCCACAUACAAUAUCUCCAAUCUCCAAAGCAAAAAUAUAUGCACAAUCAUAUCUGUAAAUGAUCAACCUCUUCCUCAAUGGCUUCGUACCCGCUAUCUCGAACUUGGUUUCUCUCACCAUGACUUUCUAGUACAAGAUGAUGCGCUGGAAGAUAUUCUACAUAUUAUGAACGAUGCAUGCGAGAUGAUUGAUAAGUCACUUUGUCAAAACAAGGGCGUACUAGUUCAUUGCGGACUCGGGAUUAGUAGAUCUGGAACGGUCGUUUUGGGAUAUGGUGAAAUUACUCUCUUUACCCUUACUUCGUGGGUCAUGAUAUUGAUUCGACUAACUUCGUAUGCAGUAAUGCGAGAGAGGACUUUGGAUCGAGAAGAAGCUCUAGCUCUCGUGCGGAAGAAGAGAUCGCGGGUGCAGCCUAAUACUGGGUUUUGGGAACAGCUGAGUAUAUGGCAUGAUUGUCAUCAUGAUGUGUUUGAGAAUUUCGAUGGUGAAAUCUUGGAAAAGAAAAUCUAUCGAGAGUGGAAAGAAAAGACUGCGAUGGAGAUGGGUAGUAGAGUGAGUAAUCUUGCUCAAUCUCAAUCAUCAGUUGGAGGACAGAGAUAG